CUGACCCGCCGCUUCAUCGGAGAGUACGCGUCCAGCGCCGAAUGCAUCUACACGAAGCUCUUGUGCCUGGAUGGGAGGCAGAUCCACCUGGAAAUUUAUGACCCUUGUUCACAGCCACAGCAGGGGAAGCUUUCCCUCACAGAUGAGCUCCACUGGGCUGAUGGAUUUAUCAUUGUUUACGACAUCAGCGACAGAGCAUCAUUUGCAUUUGCAAAAGCCCUGCUGUACAGGAUCCGGGAGUCUCACAUAGGAGUUUGUAAAAAAAUGCUUGAGCCAUCAAUAUUUUUGGUGGGCAAUAAACAGGAUUUAUGCCACAUGAGGGAAGUUGGCUGGGAUGAAGGACAGAAGCUGGCAAUAGAUAACAAGUGCCAGUUCUGUGAACUGUCUGCAGCAGAGAAUUAUCAGGAGGUUGUGGCAAUGUUCACCAAAGUCCUGAGGAAUAUCACUUCCAAUUUCAAAGUCAAAGAAAAGAGAAGACCAAGUGGUUCCAAGUCGAUGGCCAAAUUAAUCAACAAUGUGUUUGGAAAGAGAAGGAAAUCUGUGUAACAGAUUGUUAUUCUUGAAGUUGGAACAAGCUGAAAUAAUGGAGCAGAGGCAGCUCUUGGGAUUCACUGAAUUUCCUCCAAAGGUCAAUAUCUGGAGGAGUGAGACAGCAGAAACCAAAGGUGGGGGAUAGUAUGGUCUAGACCUAGAAGAGACCUUCUGUUUCAAGCUCUGCUACAGAUUUACUGUUUAGGGCUGUGCCACUUUGUAAGCUGCUCCAGAGGAGAGGUUUAGUCUGUAUUUAUUCAACACCAACAUGGUCUUGGAUAGAGCUUCUAGGUGCAACUGAAAUAUAAACAGUUAUUUCACAGGUUCACUUAUAUCGGAAAAGACCUUUAAGAUCAUCAAAUCUAGCCAUUAACCAAACACUACCAAGUCUGCCACUAAACCAUGUCCCUAAGUGCCACAUAAUAUCCAGUAAACUCAGCCUUGCUGAUCAAAAUCUUACUUCAGAAUUCUGAGUUUUGCAUUUUUUUAGUAUUUUUUUAUUUUUUUUUUUUUUUGUGCAAGAACAUUUGCACUAAAGGAAAGCAAAAUACUGUGGCUUCAUGUGGUAAUGUUAUUUGCAUUUAACUCAGGUCCUUGUGUGCCUUACACUUGCUGAAAUUCAUAUGAAUUAAAUUUUGUUUUGACACCAAAUCUACAAAAGGUAUUUAUUUACCUGCAAAGCCACCUUGCAGGGGCACCAGAAGCAGGGAAGCAGAUACAUAAAGCAGUAUUGUCUUCUGUUCAGUAUCUUUUUUUCCUCUGUUCCAUGAGUGAUGAAAGAAAGUAGAGAGGGUUGAGGAGUGUGGGAACUGAAAUGUUGGUGAAAUGUUAGUCAGUGACUCUGGACUCUUUUGGCAAGGUUGUUGUUGGGUGAAAUAAUUUCACAGCAAGGGCCAGCAUAAGGUUGGUCCCUUUCACAGAAGAGUUUUUGUGAGCUUUAACAAAAGUUUCAUUAGCUGUAAGGUGGAUGUGGCUGCUCCAUCUCAGAUGGCAGCAGAAGCUUGGAAAGCACAUGGGCUGGUAGAGAGCACAAGCUCCUUAGGAUGUCUGGCUGGAUUUAAAGGUCAGAGCUGUGCUCACAGAGAGUGUUUUUCCUAAUAACCAAUGUCCUUACAACUACUCACGGCUGUGGUAUUGAAAUGCCACUGGAGAAAGCACAAAGUGCUGUUAGCUACACUCUUCAGAUGUGGAUAUUAAACAUCAGAUGGGUGUAAAUAUGCUGUCAGCUGGCAGAGUUCUUACUCCAGACAGCUAAAUAAGGGCUUAGCCCAGCAUGUUUGCAAGUGCUGUGCUCAUACAGGAAUUAUGAAAGGGAAGUGAUCUGAAUUGCUGCCUCCUACCCACUCCAGGGGACAGCUGGGGUUCAGUCUUUGUAGGAUGCUGAGUUGAAGCCUACCUCUGCUCUGAAAUUUUACCUGCAUUGAGACUAGAAAGGUUAUUUUCAGUUUUUGCGUGGUCACCCAUAAGACAACAUAAAAAGGUCACACAUAAUCUUAGCACUAAGGUUGUGAAACAGUACUAAAGCACAUUUUAUUCUAUUGACCAAAGAUCACAUUCUUUCUUUAAGCAAAAGAUCCUGUUUAUUUCACUUGUUAUAAGACUACAAAUACUGGAACAUAGUUCUCAGCUGACAGGCCCAGCAUUGCUUUGUUUUUCUGUAGAUGCUGCUCUGCCAUAUCAGAAUUGUAUUUUAACUGUAUGGUCAAUACCUAUGAGGCUGAAUGUGCAGAUUACUCAUGUACACCCUUCAUCUUCCCAGCCCACACAGCAUUCCAGAACCAUUAACAGACAGUUGUAGCUUUAUCCUGCCCUAGCAUUGCCAGAUUCCAGAACUCUUAUUUGUAUUUACUGCUCUGGUAUUAAAUAAACUGGAUAUAAGAUGGA